UUGUCUUGCUUGUGUUGUGCGGCAUUUUGGCGCAGGGGCAGCGCGAAGGCGGCGGCGGCGGCCACAGGUGCUCUUCGGCUUUGGCGACGAUUGGGGUGAUGUCGGGAACCUCCGGACGAGGAGCCCUACUGCAAGCGGCGGCUCUCGGAUGGGCGCCUGAUGCUGGAUAUCAUUCUCCUUGCUCGAAUCUCAUCUUCUGUUGGGCGAUCCGCAGCUCAGGCGCUGGGAAUUGUUGUCUCGAAUUUGCAGGAGGGAGGGCUGCCAACUCGAUUGGAUCUCGGCAGACCCAUACCCUCUCAUGCCUCAGAUCCAGUGGCUCGUGAGAGAUGCUCUUGGGAAUCAAUCUCUUGCUAAGAUCACCGGCCUUUGCCAACAACAGAUGCAUUCUUCCGCGAUAACAGGACGGUUCGUGAAGCGGAGCGCACUGUAAUCCCCCACGUCGUGGAGAACAUCACAGCGACUGUUCUGUUCCUCUCGACGACUUUCAGAGCGGCCAACUUCAUGGUGCCCGAGUUCCUGCUUCGCCAGCACGGAUCCCAAUGACCAUGACACCAUGGGCUGCCCCAUCGACUACAACCGGAUCACAGUUCUUCACAACGAGCGUCUCAGGAUCACCUUAGACAUGCUGCGAGCCAGCUUUCGGGACUCCGUCCAAUGAACGGACCAGAAUCUUGCUGCGGGACUGGAAAGCCAUACAACUAUGAUCCGCGAGUUCCCUGUGGAUGGUGGUGGUGCUAGCGGACGAUGAAACCCUGCCCGAGGAGGAGGAGGAGGAGCCUCAGCUCAGGUGGUGGUGCUAGCGGACGAUGAGACACUGCCCGUGGAGGAGGAGGAGGAGCUUUGCCCUCAGAUGGUGGUGCUAGCGGACGAUGAGACACUGCCAGAGGAGGAGGAGGAGUCUCUUGUGGCAGUGCUCAUGGUGGUGACACUGCCCCAAGAGGAUGAGGAGCCGCUUGUGGUGGUGACACGGCCUGAGGAGGACGAGGAGCCGCUUGAGGAGAUCGUGGCGAGCUCGGUGGUGCCAGUGUGUGGUGACCGAGGAGAAACUGCUCGUGGAGGCCUGCUUGUCGAGGAGGAGGUGGCACUGCACCAGGACCUGCUCGUCGUACCGCUCGUGGAGGAGGAACUCGCGGCAUCUUUGCAGCUCCAGCUCCCACUGGCCUCCAAGGUUUUGCCAAACUUACUUGCUACUCUUUACUUGGACGAAUAGGGCUUACUCUAAGA